GACGCCUCAAUUCCGAUUUCUGCCAAAUUCAAUGCUUCGGUUUCAGUUCCGGCACAGAGAGAGAGAGAGAGAGAGAGAGAGAGGGAGGGAAGCCAUUGUCGUCGCUGCUGAUUUCUUGAUAGAUCCAUAGAGACGCCGCAGUGGGUGCCCAAUUGCUGACGGCAUUCGCCUUUCCCCAUUCUCCGGCGAAUUCAAGCCUCGGAGCACCUCAAAGGCGGGGCCUUUUCCGCCUCCGCAAUCGGCAGGCAUCGCCGCCGCCGCCGCCGCCGCUUGAUUCUGGGUUCCGAGGUACUCGUUCUCUCUCGCCCGCGCCUUGAAUUCGCGUUGUGUCCCGGAUUCGGAAUUAGUGGGGAUGAGAGAAUUUUAGGAGGUGGGUUGUGUGGGCGGUUUUGUAGCUCUGGCCGUGCGGGAGAUGGGGUUGUGAAUCUUUUGGUUGCGUUCGGGUGGAUAUUCGAUUUGUGUGCGCCGGAGCGUGGGGGGAAUUGGUGAUUUAGGGGUGGUGAUAUGAAGGGCCGGUCGCAGCGGUUGCAGAGCACGGACCCGCCCGACGACUGGGUGGACGGCUCCUGGACCGUGGAUUGCAUUUGCGGCGUGAAUUUCGACGAUGGAGAGGAGAUGGUCAACUGCGACGAGUGCGGGGUGUGGGUGCAUACUCGCUGUUCGCGGUACGUGAAAGGAGAGGAGUCGUUCGCUUGUGAUAAGUGUAAGAGUAAGAAUAGUAGGAAUGAUAGCGAGGAGACCGAGGUUGCUCAGCUGUUGGUUGAGCUGCCGACUAAGACUAUGAGGAUGGAGGCUUCAUAUGCAGCCAAUGGGCCUGCGAGGCGGCCGUUUAGGCUUUGGACGGAGAUGCCAUUGGAUGAGAAGGUACAUGUGCAAGGGAUUCCUGGUGGAGAUCCGGGGCUAUUUAGUGGGUUGUCGUCGGUUUUUACGCCGCAGCUGUGGAAGUGCACAGGAUAUGUGCCGAAGAAGUUCAAUUUUCAGUAUCGGGAGUUCCCUUGUUGGAAUGAGCACAAGGAAGCUGAUGCUAAUGCCGAAGAGGACAAUGAGAAUGCUGUUGAUAAGGGUGCUGGGGUUUUGUUCUCAUUGUCAAAGGAGAAUUUCAUGGCUACUCCCGGGAAAGAUUUAGUUGGCAUGAAAAGCAGAGAUCAGGAAUGUAGGUACGAUAGGAAGACGCACUUGAGAGAGACAAAGAAAUGGGGGGCAGGUGAUAAUGCCGUGAAUAAAGAAAGAACCUUACUUCGGCCUGUUGUGAUACACGCCGGGAAGCGUAAGAAAGAAGAAUCAGGCAUAUUAAAAGACGUAAGUGGAAAGAAGAAGGCUAGGACUGCUGAAAAAGAUGUGGAUCACAAGAAAAGAGUCCUGCAUACUUCUAAAGCAGUGUUUACACCUACCAGUGAUGCAAAACAAUUGGCAUUUUGUGAAGAAAGAGGUCCGAAGUCUUUCAAGACUGACAUUCGGAGUGUCAAGAACAGGGACUUGAGAGAUGGUGUGCCUUUUGAACCUGUUUCAGAUGGUCAUGUUGCAGUCUGCAAGAUUCUUGAAAAUUUUAGGGCUAACUUGGCAACUUUGAAGCAACCUCUGGAAGGUGCCUCUGCUGAAUUCUCCUGUCCUGCUGAUGCUGUGUCGACUAAAGAUGAGGCUGGGAAUCACUUGCUUUCAGGGGUCAAUAGUUCUUUAAAGAUUGUUCCCUUAAGUGACCAGCAUAACGUAGCUGACAGCUCUACUAAGUCGAAAGCGGAAGAGAGUGGGAUAAUAAAUAAUCCGGAUGCUAGCUCCACUGGAAAGGUUUUGGUGCAUCCAGGGGAAGAUGUAGCUCAAGCAGCUCCAGAAACAAAAAAUAAACAAAGUCCAUCAGAUAUCGACAGCAACAGAUCCAUGGGUUUUUCUUGCAAUGUGAAAAAAGAAGCAGAUGAUGAUACUUGUAAGGGGUUGUUGCAAAUUCAGUCUUCUCCUCUUGCUGACAAGAACUCUGUGUCAUUGCCAUCUGAUGAUGCUAGAUACCCUGGAGUAUCUAAUACCCAGACAUCUGAAAAUUUCAAAGCAAAUGACGUGGAGGUUAACAGUUCACAAUGCACUGACAAAAAAUCAUUAGGCACUGCCCGUGAUGCAGAAGCAGUCUGUGAGAGUCGUGUCCACACUGGUCAGGAGCUAUCUGGUGAUGUAUGUGAGCCCAAACAGGAAGCAAUAGCAUCUGAGGAUUCUAUUGAAAGGCAGAAAAGCUCUGCAGAAUCUAAAGCUGCUUUGGUGUCUCCUGAAGAGCCAUCAAAAUCUAGUGGAACUGAAUUACCUAUAGCGCCAUCUGCACAGAAAGUAGUGGUCUCUGUUGGCGAAGCAUCUUCCACACCAUCUUCUCUGCCUAUCCAGAAAUCAUCCAGCUCAGACAAGUCGAAACCUUUAGAUGCUCAGAAUCUGAAUCCAAUCGUGAAGCAACGAACAGCAGGGGAGUCUGAUCCUAUUGCCAAGAAAGAGCAGGCUUCAGCUGAUGUUUUAACUGAGAAGAGUGGGCAUGACCCGGUGUGGAAGACAGCAAAAUUCUGUUCGACAUCAUCCUCAGGUGCUUCUUUGAAAGCUUCACAUUCAAGCAAGGUUUUCCAAGCUUCUGGCUCUAAGCGGACUGCCUCAGAUUCAAAAGAUCAUACCUUCCCCUCUUUAAAAUCAUCUUCUUCCCAUAAUGUAGCAGUUUCUUCAGGGUCUGGUGAAUCUCCGGGCACUUUGCAAAAUCACUCUACUGCCCUUUCACAAAAUAAGGCUAUAGGAUCGGGAUUACCACAGAAAAGUGGAAAGUCCAGCCAUACAAAUUUUCCUCCAUCUUCUAAGGUGAAUCAUAGCACACAAGGGCAAGCACCUCUGGUUCCUAAUUCUUCCACACUGAGCGAUGAAGAGCUUGCUCUACUUUUGCAUCAUGAACUCAAUAGUUCUCCUAGAGUGCCUAGAGUACCACGAGUACGCCAUGCUGGCAGUUUCCCUCAACUAGCUUCUCAAGCUGCUACUAGUAUACUGAUAAAGCGAACAUCUAGUUCUGGCGCAAAAGAUCACAAUUUGGUUCCUCGAAGAAAAGGCAAGGAUGGAUCCAAAGAUGUAUUGCGCAGUUCUUGUGAGCAUGAUGAUGAAGGUAAAAGGACUGACAGAGUGGCAUCUCCUGAUCAAGGGAGACGAGAAACAGUGCACAAAGGAGAUGCGUCCAAGAGGGAAGUGAAUGGAUCUCUGCAUCCCUUUAAGAAGAAUGUUCCUGCUUUGACCACAAGUACAAGCAGCGGUCCUUCUUCUUCCAAUGAGGCCAAUGAUAAUAAGGUGUCAUCCAUACAUAAUACUCCGAUAAAUAACUCAGAUGAUGAUACAGGCGCGGUAGGAGGCCUGGCUCAUCGGACUUUACCAGGAUUAAUAAAUGAGAUCAUGAGCAAAGGCAGGCGAAUGACCUAUGAGGAGCUUUGUAAUGCAGUAUUACCGCACUGGCAUAACUUGAGGAAGCAUAAUGGAGAGCGUUAUGCAUAUUCGAGUCAUUCACAGGCUGUUCUUGAUUGCUUAAGAAACCGGCAAGAGUGGGCUCAGUUGAUUGACCGGGGUCCAAAGACCAGCAUAAGCAGGAAAAGGAGGAAAAUUGAUGCUGAAGAAUCAGAGGAUAACGAAGAUGGAGCCCACAGCACUAAGAAGGAAGUAGAAAGCAGAAGUCUUGAGUCCCAACGGGAAGAGUUCCCUAAGGGCAAGCGAAAUGCAAGAAAACGCAGACGUCUAGCUCUCCAGGGGAGAGGAGUGAAGGAUUUGAGAAACCGACGGAAGGCGGGAGUGGUAAUCGAGGAUGACGAUGAUGAUGAGGAGACGCUGUCUAAUUCAAGUGAGGAUAGCAUUUUCAGCGAGGAUGAGAUUCAGGGAGGUGGAAGAGGGCCGGUUGGAAGUGAUGCCUCUAGUAGCUCGGACGAGAUUCAAAACAUGUAAACUACGAUUGUUCUCUGUGGUUAUUUGGGACCUCAGCCUCCCUCUGGAUUGUAUGUGCAGCUAUCUUUGGUUUCAUCCAGUUCUAUCAGAUUCUUGCUUUACUAUUCGGACAGUAGAAUGCAAAGUAGACAACAUUAGUUGCAUGAUGUCUCUGAGUUAGAUGUAACCUAUGUAUAUCUUACAGGAGAUUCAACUUUCCCCGUCAGGUAGAUGCUAGUUUGAGGUCUGGAUUGAAAAUUUGUAUGGCCAUUGUACAUAUAGUCGUAUUUUUUUUUUUCCUGUUUUAGUAGAACAUUUCGUCUAUUUCUGCUGAUGGGUAUUCUGGUGGGGUCAUGCCAGCUGAGGAAUCACUUUUUCGGCCUUGUGGGAGAAGGUGACUUUAAGAACGACUGGCUGAGCAAGAAGACAUGUUAGGAUGGUUUUCUGGAAACUUCAUCUUCGACUUGAUGUUAUCUUGUACGGUGUACGGACUGCAGUAAUUCCUGUGAUUGUUGUUUUUGGUGUA